AUGGCUUGGGAUUGGCGGGAUGUCGACGGAGUCAACUACGCCUCCGUGGAUCGCAAUCAACACAUCCCACAGUACUGCGGCUCGUGCUGGGCAUUCGGAGCAACUUCUGCCCUGGCUGAUCGCAUAAAUAUCAAACGAAAGAACGCAUGGCCAUCGGAAGUUAUUGAUUGCUCUGGAGCUGGAACAUGUGUUGCCGGUGGUGAACCGGGCGGUGUCUACAAGUACGCUCAUGAACAUGGAAUUCCGCACGAGACCUGCAACAAUUAUCAGGCCCGUGAUGGACGAUGCGAUCCUUACAAUCGAUGCGGUUCAUGCUGGCCAGGCGACUGCUUCUCAAUCAAAAACUACACCCUUUACAAGGUCAAGGAAUACGGUACGGUAAGUGGAAUUGAUAAAAUGAAGGCAGAAAUCUAUCACAAUGGACCGAUCGCAUGCGGAAUUGCCGCCACGAAAGCGUUCGAAUCGUACGCAGGAGGAAUAUAUAAGGAAGUCACUGACGACGAUAUCGAUCAUAUCAUCUCGGUUCAUGGAUGGGGCGUUGAUCAUGACAGUGGUGUGGAAUUCUGGAUUGGACGCAACUCAUGGGGUACUCCAUGGGGUGAACAUGGCUGGUUCCGUGUCGUCACAUCUGCCUACAAAAAUGCUGGAAGUAAAUACAAUUUGAAGAUCGAAGAAGACUGUGUGUGGGCGGAUCCAAUUGUAUAA